AUGACUAAAAAUUCAGAUGAAUUGAGAAAUGAAAAGAAAGCAAGAGACAUAGCUGAUUUGUUCAAAACAGCAAAAGAAUUAUCAAUUUUAUGUGGAAUACUUGUUUCAAUAAUUAUUCUUAAUCCUAGAGAAUUCAUUCCUAUUAUGUGGCCAAAUGAAUUUGAGGCUAAGGGUAUACUCACAAGGUACUUAGGUUUCUCGGAAGAUGAAAGGCGUAAAAAGUUCGUUGAACAUGAAACUUAUCUGACAGAUAAAUUGAUUGAUCGGAAACUAAUUAUUGAGGAAAAAGUUAGAAGAAGCGAGGAGAAGAAAUCAAAAUUUAUGUUCAAACAAUUAUACGACAGAAAUGUUAAAGUAUCUGAACUUAAGCUUGAUGCUAAGGAAAUAAGAGGAUUGUUAAAGUUGUCUGCUCUUACAAGAGUUCAACUUGAUGAAAGGAAAAAACAAUUUGAUCAACAAUCUCAAAUUUUUCAGCCUGCAUCACUUUUCUGUAAUUUUGAUUCGACAACAAGGAAUGAUGUAGAUCAUAAUGAUUUUCAGGUUGUCGACACAUCAUUGAGUUUGUUGGUCGGAAGAGGUAUUAAACGUGGACGAAAUGAAUGA